AUGUCACAGAAGAAACGAUCGAGGGCCGGCUCCGGCCCUGUCGAAGACAACACUUCAGAUACCCGAGAUCAUCUAGAACCCGAAGGCGCCGGAACCAAUGCGGCGGCAGCCCGCGAGAUGAUCAAGGAACUCGGCUACAGCACGGGCCAGCCACUGUAUUCCAGCACACAUGACGCCUCAGCAAUCAAGGCUCCUCCGAUGCUGAUCGUCGAGGCCCUGAUUGAGCCUUAUUUUGAGUCGAUCAACUCCCAUUUGCCCAUCUUCACCCGGGAGGGAUUCCGCCGCCUGAUGGACGCUUCCCGUGCGGAGGCCAACCCCGCAUACAACCGGCCGUUUGCCAUCUGUGCCAAUAACAUGGUACUAUUGACGCUGUCAGCCAAAGCGUUGCACUCGCAGGCGAAGAGCACCUCACCAUCUAACCUGGAACCAAUCAUGGAAUCAAUUGAUGUCGAGCUUAUCCAAUCUUUCAUCGGCAAUGCCAAUCGCGCCAUGGUCCAGGUUGAGCAGCUUCUCAGCCCUCGCCUGGUGAACGUCCAAGCUCUGCUGUCUUUGUGUUUUGUCGCCCAAAUGUGGCUUUCUGAGGAUGUUUUCAAUCUUGCAUUGACUUUGGCAGCCCACGUAGCCAAGUCCAUGGGCUUGUACCAGCCACAAGCGUCCUCGUUAACAGCAUCCAGCCUAAGUUCUGAAGAAGUUCAAGAACGAAGAAAUGUUUUACAGUGUCUGUACUGUCUUGAUAAGGCAGUCUGCUGGAACAUUGGUUCGUUGCCCAGCGCCUCCACCGACGUGGUGACUACAACUGAGUCGAUGAGAUUGUCGGAAGAGCCACCCUCCCUUAUGGACGCGAAGUUUUCUCUUGCGCAAAUUGAAGACGACCUGUACACAGUAUUUUACUCCAGAAACGCCGCCAUGCAGGACCACAUCGCAAUAAAAGCGAGAGCCAUCCGAGAACGACUAGAGGAGUGGAGAGCCGCUUAUCGUCUUGAAGAGCAAGACGACUCAUUCGGCACAGGCUCUCCGUUUUGCUCAAAGCUAGAGCUGGAUAUUCCUCUUCAUUUUGCCCGGAUGAGAUUGAUGUGGCCUUUCGUCAGAGAGCCAGAGGCAAGAGCCUUGCUUCUUGACGACUGUCGCACAAGUCUCCAACUUCUCCAACAACUUUGGAACGCAACGUCAAACCACGACCAUUACCCUAGUUUUGCAUGGCUGAUUGUAUCCUUCCCCACAAACGUCAUCUUUCAUUUUGCUAGCCAGUUCGAAGAUCCACAAUUCCCCGUGGGUGACCUCGAACUACUAAACUUUCUCUUAACAUCACUCCAAAAUGUCUCCAUGUUCGCGACAGAGAAUUCUUACGUUGUCCGAUUUUGCAGCUUCGUCAGAAUUCUUACACGUCUCGCCCAUGAUAUUGUCGACAGUCGAGACGCAACUUCUUCUCCGGAAGUGGUAUUUCACACCAUGGAGGCUUCGCCAACACAAAUACAGAGUCAAACGGAAUUGGAGCAUUCAAGACCAAGAGUUUUCGAUGGACAAACAGUCAUCAACACACAGGAUGCUUUGCAUCUGCACGAAGACCUGGAUACGCUGAUGACUAUGUGGGAGAAUGGUACCAACGCUUUUACCGGCUUCUCCAGAACCAAUGAUCUGAUGGUAUUUGAUGACUUUUCGCCAAACGUGGACAAAGGGCUGUGGGAUCAUUACAAUCUUACAGGCGAUAUCCAUGCUGAUCGGGUACAAGAGACGGAGUUGCUUCACCAAGAAGAGUUAUGA